UCGGCUCAGUUCAGCUCAGCUCCAUUCAGCUCGGCUCGGCUCAGCUCGGUUGCAGACAGCAGUCGGGGGUUGGCGCCCCGGUCAGUGCUGGGGAUCCCCGGCGAUGGGCGGCGGGCAGGGGCUCACCCUGCGGGCACUGGUCCCAGUGGCUAUCGGGCUGCUGGGCUGCGGGCUGCUGGGCUGCGCUGGGGCCAGUGAGUAUGACUACGUCAGCUACCAGUCUGACCUGGGGCCGUACCCUGGCGGACGCUUCUACGCCAAGCCGCACCAGUGUGUGGCCAUCCCCGCCGACCUGCGGCUCUGCCACAGCGUGGGCUACGACAAGAUGGUGCUGCCCAACCUGCUGGACCAUGAGACCAUGGCCGAGGUGAAGCACCAGGCCAGCAGUUGGGUGCCACUGCUCAACAAGAACUGCCACAUGGGCACUCAGGUCUUCCUCUGCUCCCUCUUUGCUCCUGUCUGCCUGGACCGGCCGGUCUACCCGUGCCGCUGGCUCUGCGAGGCCGUGCGCGACUCCUGCGAGCCCGUCAUGCAGUUCUUCGGCUUCUUCUGGCCAGAGAUGCUCAAGUGUGACCAGUUUCCCCAGGAUGAUGUCUGCAUUGCCAUGACAGCUCCCAAUGCCACUGAGGUCUCCAGGCCCAAAGGAACGACGGUCUGCCCCCCGUGCGACAACGAGAUGAAGUCGGAGGCCAUCGUGGAGCACCUGUGUGCCAGCGAGUUCGCUCUGAAGAUGACCAUCAAGGAAGUGAAGAAGGAGAACGGGGACAAGAUGAUCAUUCCACGGAAGAGGAAGGCGCUGAAGCUGGGGCCCAUCCGGAAGAAGAACCUGAAGAAGCUGGUGCUGUAUCUGAAGAACGGGGCCGACUGCCCCUGCCAUCAGCUGGACAACCUUGGUCACUACUUCCUCAUCAUGGGCCGCCAGGUGAAGACCCAAUACCUGCUGACGGCCAUCUACAAGUGGGAUAAGAAGAACAAAGAGUUCAAGAAGUUCAUGAAGAAGAUGAAAUCUCCCGACUGCCCGACGUUUCCAUCCGUCUUCAAGUGAUGCUGUGGGUGGCAGGAGGGCUGCCACCUGGACCUUGUGUGGCCCGGCACGGCAGCUCAGUCUUGCUCCUCUGCAGCAGGGAUGCUGGAGCCAAGCCUCCAGCUCCUGCUGCUCCUUGGAACUCCUCUCACCAUCCCCAGCCCUCCCACCUCCCCUCUGCCGGCAUUUUCCUGAUCGUCUGGGUGUGCAAGUGUGACGCGCGUGCACCAAACAGUCGCUGAGGUCACACGUGAUUUACACCCGCAAUAUCCAAAGACCCAUUUCUGUACGGAUAUGAACAUUUAUUUACAUAGCAGUUAUCAGGUAAAGAUGGCAAGCGGAGGGGUUUGGAGUUAUGCCUAGAGAUUACAUGACUGCAGAAGGACAUUGUGAUCGUGUUCCUUCAGUCUUCAUGGCUGCAGGAUCGCCCUGAAUUAAUUGCUGUUUGAACCAGAGCCGGCCAAUUAGAAAACCAGCCCAUUCUCACAAGAAAGUUAAUGAGCGAGUAGCGGAGAACCCAUUACAACCUCUGAUAAAACCCGCUAAUAGCCCUCACUGUAAAAAAAAUAUCCCAUUAUAGUCUAAACUUGCUUAGUCGAGGCCUUAACCCCGGGGUCCUUGUGGUACCCUGAGCAGCUGGGUCGGGAGCCCUCUGGUACCCGCAUCCUUGGAAUGCGGCACUGGGACAUCUGCAGUGGCCUCUGCUGAGCUGAGCUGGCUGAGCCCCUUAAACCCAGCGCCGCGCUGCUCCCUCUCCGAGAUCCACGCAAUCCUGCCCGGUUUGACGGUGCCGCAGCCCCAGCGCGGAGGCGGCUCGUGGCAGAGGGAGAUGCUUCUGGCCUCGCCUGGACCCCAGCUGCGGUGGUGCUCCGUUGAGCAUCCCCUUCCCUCUCGCCUCCAGCAUCAGCCCCCACCGCAGAGUCCGCUGCCCGCGGGGAUGCUGCUGCUGCCCAGACGUGUCGGUCGGCUCUCGCCGUGCCCCGUUUGAUGAUCAGCCCUGCAGCCUGGGAUUCCUGCUGGGGAGAGCUCCCUCCCCCAGCCUGUGUCACUCCUGAGCUUCACCAGGGGUGUUUUUACAGCUUUUUCGGGCUGCUGGCAGAACACCCGAUCGCAGAGCGCCGAGGACUGGUCCCUGUGGAGCGCCAUGGGAAAAGCAGCGCUUCCAUCUUCCCCUCUCUGCAGUCGCUGUGGGACCUAUCAGUUUCCAGGUUUUUUUUGUCUGUUUGAUGUGUGACAACUUGGCUUCGUCUCCUUCUGGGUUUUUUUUUUUCCUUCUUAAUCAAAAUGUCAUGUUAGUGUGAGGUCAAAUAGUUUAUGAAAGACAAAGAAUAUUGCAUCCAAAUGAUUACUUUUAUCAUCCAAGCUGAAAUUCAUUAUUCUGCUAAUUGGAGACGUUCUCUUUUCCACGGGCCUGUAUUGCUCCACGUUAAUUACGCUAUCCUGCUUCCACUCCAUGUUCUCAUCAAUCACGGCUCCUCAGAGAGGGAAUCUCUUGCGAUCUGAGAUAAUCCGGUUGUGUUGCAGUUAAGUCAGAUAACAAAUCCUCAAUUUUGAGGUUUAAACCAACCCCACUCCAAGCUGGUAAAUGAAUUAUCCUUUAGCUCAGGAUUGCCUUUUAUUCCCCAUGUGGGCACAGAGCUGUGGACUUGACUGUAGAAGAAUUCCAUGAAGAAGCCAAGCGCGCUGAGGAAUGCUGUUCCACAGCGAACAGAACGAUGGAUUUAGGAUGUGAUCUCUCUAGAAAAGUCCCGCUAGGUUGUCUUAGACCACCGUUUGUAGUAGCGUUGUUCCUUUGAUGCAAAAUUAAUCAUUGUAGAUAAUGUGCUUUAGCAGUGAAUUAAAGAAAUAAAUAAACCAUAGGCUUUAACAGCACAGAUAGACGAGGUGAAGCGAUGGAGCUGCUGACAAAUCCAGCCUGGUCAGCAGUGCCUGGAGGCUGGGACAGGCUGAGCAGAAAGGCUGGUUAUCUUGGAGCAGUCGCAGGGAUGGGGACAGAGACCCUCUGCCCCACCAGCUUCCCUUCUGCAGCCGAGCUGCGGCGCGGAGGGAGAAUUGGCUGUGCGUGAGGGAGAGAUGCUUGAGCAUCGAAUGGAGCUGGGGGUCUCAUGCUGUCACCCGGGCUGCUGGUGGGCGUCCUUCAGCCUCCGCUAGACA